UGACUAAGUCCCUUACACCUACUGCGCCUCUCGAAACAUCUGAGCCAUGGCCUCAGUGUACCCCUCAUACCAACUGGAAAAAUCCCCCACAGACCCCACUACCCAGAUCCUAUAAAGUUCGGGGUGUCUCCACCACACAGAAACAAGUCAAUCCCUCACCACCUUCACUACUCUCCUCCCUCUCCAAUCCACCACCAUGAAUCUCCACAAAACCCCCCUUUUCGGCCACACCUUUCCGUUAGAAAUUUUUGAGAUGAUAGUUUCCUACCUACCACUUCCCACAGUCGCCGAAUUGAUGAAAUCGAAGGAUACCAAUCUUGCUUUGGCGGCGCGGAGACGCUAUUACUCAAAUAUUCAAUUGAACUUCAAAAAACUGCCACACGAAGAUGGCUACUCCAGUGUGACUGAUGAGGUCCUCGUCAUGAAGAUUUCAGAAUUUGAGGCGUUAGUAAAUAGCGAUACGUUCGACCAGCUUAUCAUUAAGGAGCUUAGCAUUGUGGUAGAGAUGGAUAUUGUAGAUUUCACGUUCCUCCACGGAAAAGUAUUCACCAAGGCAUCCUCAAUUGUCAUCGAUGUCAAAUUAUGGCUUGACCUGGAGCAGGGGGAGCCCGAGGAGCUCCACUGGAACUGGUUACCAUCUUCGCCCCUGGUACAGGAGUGCAUCCGAGAAAUAUCCAUUAAUUAUGCUUAUAUUGAUCCGGAUGUACCAGCUUUGCCCUCCAACUUGCGCAUGCUUUCCUUCCUAUACAACUAUGACAAUUGGAAUGAGAAUGAUUAUGGUAUUAUUCCAAGGAUUGUUUUUCCACCAAAUCUUCAAACGGUUGAUUCGAGAAUCCCCUGGGUUUCAAUGCCAACGUAUACCGGCCUCCCUUCAACUUUGAAGAUAUUGAUGCUAGAGAAUGUCUUGGACUUUUCUGUCAAGGCCUUCAACAAGCUAAACUUUCCCGAUUUGAAAUAUUUGCGAUUAAAAAACAUCUCUAACGUGACGGAGAUCAACGAUCAUUUUAAACUUCCCUUGCUGUUGAAGAUUUUGGAACUUGAGAGUCUAAACAUCACUAACUUCGAGCAACAGACAUUACCUCUGGGGUUGCAGGGGUUAUCCAUCAGCAAUUGUCCUUUAAGAAAGUUUCGUGUGGAUACAUUUCCGGAUUCCCUCAAAGAGUUGAACUUAGUCGAGACGGAUAUCCCAUCGUCUGAGAUCGGCAUUAUCAAAUUUCCUCCCAGCUUUGUUUCUUUACUGGUUACGCACACCCGGUUAGCAUCGCUAGAUUUUGUCAACUCACUACCGGGGUCUUUAGAAAUCCUCAACCUCCGCAGUAAUUCCUUUGUUCGUUUAAAUGGUGAAGCUGCGGACAGUACCAGGUCACAUCAAAUCAAGUUUCCUGAAAAUCUCCAGAAUCUUUAUCUCGAAGAUACUGAGCAUCUAUUUACUCUUUACUCGCCAGGAGACCUUGUUUUUCCUCCGAGCUUGAGGGAUUUAAACCUUGGAAGCAAGAAAAUGGAUUCGGUUGAAGGAUUAAAACCCCUUCCGCCAGCAUUGAACUCUUUAAACUUGCGCUACAAUAAUUUAGUCUCAGUUGAAGGGCUCAGACUUCCACCGGCAUUGAACCACUUAGACUUGAGUUUUAAUCGUUUGGUCUCAAUCAACGAACUCGAUCUUCCGCCAGCAUUGACCUCUUUAAACUUGGGCUUCAAUAAGUUGAACUUAGUUAAAGGGCUCAAUCUUCUGUCAGCAUUAACCUCCUUAAACUUGAGAUCCAAUGGGUUGGACUCAGUUAAAGGGCUCAAUCUUCCACCAGGAUUGACCUCCUUAGACUUGAGCUCCAAUACGUUGAUCUCAGUCGAGGGACUCGAUAUUCCGCCGAGAUUAACCCAUUUAUACUUGAGCGGCAAUAGUCUUCAACAAUUUUCAAAGACACUACCUGAAAGUAUUGAAACCAUUUCCCUUGGUUAUAAUAAAUUGAAAGAAUUGGUGAACUUUCACCUUCCGGUGAAUUGUACCGAGCUUAAUCUCUCUGGCAAUCCACUUCAAAAACUCCAAAUUUCCAAUGCACAUGACCCAGAUUUGAAACUCCAAGAUUUAACUUUAAAUGAAGUCGCCAUUACCACGCUCAGUGAUAUAUCUCCUCUUCCGCAAAGUCUCACUUCCUUGGGUAUUGUGUUUGUCGAAGUAAGCUCCUUGUCGGGGAUUCUGUUUCCUACAGGGCUAACUUGGUUAGGUGUAUUUGAGACCAAGUUGACUUCAUUGAAAAACGUCAAGUUCCCUCCUUACUUGGAAGAACUACAUCUCCUGAGAAAUCAAAUAUCCAGCUUAGCCAAUGUCCAUUUUCCGAAUAGUCUAACUAAGUUGGAGCUUUUUGAUAACAAGAUUACCACAAUCGACGCCGUACGGCUUCCUCCAAAAUUGAAGAUAUUGAACUUGGCAGGAAACGAAAUUAGCGCUAUUAAUGAGUUGCAAUUGCCCGAACUCCUCGAAAAGUUAAGUUUGGCGGACCAAAAGUGUGAUACUCCGCAUAAUCCUGUUUCCACUCGCAAAUCUUUCAAAUUGGGCAAGUUUAACUUCUUAAAGGCCUCGUCAAAGAGUUCCAAGGCACCUGGGAAAAAGGGCUUAUCGAGCCUCACCGGGUUAACUAAACUUCCCUCAAAAUUGGAGUAUUUAGGUCUAAAUGGAAACAACUUGUCUGAGAAGGCCGUCCAACACUUGGAGUUCCCAGCAAGUUUGUCACAAUUACUCAUCUAUGAUAACGCAUUUGACAAUUAUGAUCGAUGGGAAAGAAAAAUCAAGUUGACACACCCGGGGAUGCUGUUCAAGUUGUGAAUUGGAGUUUUAUAACUUUUUUUCGGUACUGAGAAUGAUGUAAUGGGUAGCGAUAGUGAGGAUUUGGUGUAGGGAGAUGAAUUCAUGGAACGAGACGCUUAA